UUUUAUGUUUAGCUCAUAAAAAUGUAAGAGCAGUUUGGACUCAUGGUGGUCUUCUCAGCACACAGGAAGCCAUUUGGAAAGGUAUACCAUUGAUCGUAAUGCCUUUCUUUAUGGAUCAAAAAUCCAAUGCACAAAUACUAGUAGCUAAAGGUGUUAGCAUAUAUUUGGACAUCAAAACUUUGUCCAAGCAGACCAUAUUACAUGCAGUUGAAGAAAUACUUUACAAUGAAAGUUAUACAAGAAAUAUGAAACAAUUAUCCAGUGAAUUCCGAGAUCAGCCAAUACCGCCGUUAGAUUUAGCUAUUUGGAGCAUUGAAUACACCGUCCGUCAUCCAAACGGAACUUUAGUAACUCCGCUUAGAUUCCAGAGCUGGAUAGAACAGAAUUUAAUCGAUGUCUAUGCAUUUUUAUUCUUUAAUCUUAUCAUAAUAUUAAUAAGUUUAUUUUUUGCAAUAAAAAUGCUGAUUUAUUUUUAUUAUAAUUAUAUAUAUCCGGCAUCUAAAUUGCACAAAAGCAAACAGACGUAAGCUAAUAGACAGAAAUAUUAAUAGACAUCGCAUAUUGUAAUGUUAAUCUAAUAAUAAAAUUAAUGUGU